AUGCUCUCUCCACGCGCGAUAAAAACGUCUUCCCAGCUCUCCAGACCAUGGCGCUUCGCCCAGUCGCAAACUUACAGCCCCUCCAACCCCUCCGGCCUAAUCUCCUUCGCCAGCGCCUCCAACGUAUUGAUGCACCCCUCCAUCGCCUCCCUCGCCUCCCGCGUGCCUCUGCCAGAAGAAGUCUUUGGCUACAGCUUCAGCACGGCCGGCGGGUCCCGCCUCCGCGCCGCGCUGGCCGCCCACCUCAACGCCACUUUCAACCCUCACGCGCCGCUGACGUCCGCGAACGUGCAGCUCGCGAGCGGCGCGACGGCCGUACAGCAUAUUCUCGCAUUCGCGCUGGCAUCGCCCGGCGAGGGCAUCUUGGUCUCGCGGCCGGUAUACGGGCGUUUCGAGCUGGAUUUCGGCAACGAGAUGGGGGUCGAAGUGGUGUACGCCGACACGACGCCCGAGAACUGCUUCGACGCAGAUGUCGUGGAUGCCUAUGAGGACGCCCUGCGCAAGGCGGAGGAGAACGGGGCGAAGGUCAGGGCGGUGAUGAUUGUGAAUCCGAACAACCCACUCGGACGGUGCUACCCGCGCGAGACGCUAGUGAGGAUCAUGCAGUUCUGCGGCAAACAUGGUCUGCAUCUCAUCAGCGACGAGGUUUACGGGCUAUCUGUGUUUUCCGAGUCUCUUCCGGGAUUCACGUCCGUCUUGUCUAUUGACCCGGAGGGAAUCAUCGACGCGGACCUGGUGCACGCGGAGUACGGUCUCGCCAAGGAUUUUGCGGCCUCUGGGUUGCGUCUUGGGGCUCUUAUAUCACGGAAUAAGGACCUUCAUGAUGCGUUUUCGAGCGUCGUGCGCUUUCAUAGUCCGGCGGGCCCGUCUGUCGCUAUUGCUACGGCGAUAUUUGAGGAUCGGGCGUGGCAUGAUGAGUUUAUUGCGCUCUCGAGGAAGACGAUUGCUGCGGCAUAUGAGUUGGUCACGGGGAAAUUGCGAGAGCUCGGGGUCAAGUAUCAUGAGGCGAAUGCGGGUUUGUUCGUCUAUGUGGACUUGUCUCCGUGGCUGCCGACCGAGUCAGCUGGGUACGGGUCAGACCAGGAACGGGAGUUCGCGUUGGCGGAGAAGAUAUUGGAGAAGGGUCUGUUCCUGCAUCCUGGCGAGGAACAUUGUCUUGCGCCUGGGAGGUUCCGCAUGGUUUAUACGCAGCCUCCGGAGGUGGUGAGCGAAGGGUUGAAAAGACUUGGCGAUGCGCUCAAUGACUUGCCAUGGUCAAAAUGA